GCACGGGCAAAAUACAAACUCAAGACGCAUGAUCAAUUUUCUCUGUCCCUAUCGCUUUUAUGGAAAGCGCUCCACUAGCGAGCAAAUAUUGAUUUAAAUAAAUAGGCCAAAAAUUCCUAUGCCCAAAACAUGUGGUCGUGAAAUAUCAUUAAAAAUGUGGAGUAAAGCUGUGUUGUGUUUAACGACUAUACACUUUUAUUGUGUAGCAGCUCAAGGCGAGUGUACCGAUUUACAUGGUAGAACUGUGACCAAUGGACUACACUAUAUCCCUGGCCCAGAUACAUGCACGCUCUGUAUAUGUGACAAUGGCUUACCCAGAGUAUGCAAAGCGGUUUUGUGCUCACCUCCACAGGAUUGCCGAUCAUUUCGUGUUGGCACCACUUGCUGUGAAUUCAUCUGUUUGGACGAUGUAGUGAAGCCAGCGGAAGGCGUGGAAGCGAACCUUCGGGUCGCGGCUGGGGGCGCCGCUGCGAUAGUACUGCUUACUAUAGCGCUGGUCGUGUAUAGAGUUAGGAAACAAAAACGAAGACGACCGACACAUGCGGAUGAUCAACGCAGUUUGACUAGUAUUGGGUACAUAAGUGGAAGUAUAGGGUAUAUGGGCGGUGGUUGUGAAACAUCCUCUGGCGCGUGGAAGCCCUCAGCUCAGUAUCUGCCGAGGGGUGAGGCUCCCCCCCCAUACGAUGAAGCGAUAGCGCAAUGCCGACCUGACUCACUAAGAUUAACGAACGAGACGGCGUUUCAUCGCACGUAUCCCUCGACAGUGGAGUCGAUAUCCAGGCCCGAGGAUGCGAUGCAAUGUGUUGGACACGGAUAUGUCAACCUUCCACGGCCGGUUACUCAAAUUGCAAACACGCAAAACUGUUUCAACGCUCCAUUGCUGCAGCCGGUGCAUGUUCCCGAGCCUCGGGAGACGAACAUCAUACCGCAUCAUCCAUUACCGCCCAAUGUGGGUUUCCCGAGCGCGGUGCGGCUGACGGGCUCGCUGGGCGCCAUCAGCGGGCGCGCGCUCAGCGUGGCGCGCGACGAGCACGAGCGGGACAGGGAGCGGGAGCGGGAGCGCGAGAGGGAGCGGGAGAGGGAGAGGGAGCGGCCGCACAACGUGCCCGGCUUCUACACCACGCACACCUCGCUGCACCGCACGAUCCCGCGGCUGUCGGCGACGGAGGCGGGCGUGCUGAGCCGCGCGGAGCGCGCGUGCGGCGAGGUGCGGCGCUCCUUCCACCGGCCCGAGCCGCCGCGCGCCGCGCCGCUGCACCCGCGCUCCGUGCCGCGCAACCUCGACACGGCGCACGACCCGCACCACGCGCUCCACGCGCUGCCCGCGCUGCCCCCCCUGCCCCCCCUGAUGCCCGCACUCGACGGAACACUUAAAUCAUCCGGCGGUAGAUCGCGCGCGCCCCCCGAGCCUGCGCCCCCGCAGAACACUUUGCCACUUACCGUCGAUAAGCCGUCGUGUGGCUGCAGCUACGCGAGCGGCGCGAGCGAGACGGGCGACGCGAGCGAAGCGGGCGCGGCGCGAGGCGAAGACGAGAGCGACGACUACCGCAGCGAAUGUGCCAACUGCAAGUCCACUUCCGAUGCGGGGUGUGGGUGGGAGGAGGGCGGCGCGUGGAGCUGCGGCACGCAGACGCUGCAGCGCCGCGCGCCGCCGCCCGCGCCGCCGCCGCCGCACACCGCCACGCUGCCGCAGCCCGUCACCAGGCACGAACGCAACGCCAUGGGUCAGCCGUCGAACUGGGAGAAUUGGUUCAACACUAUCCCGGAUUCCGACAGUGAGUCUGAAGAAGAAUAAUUCAACUGUCCAUGACAUUUUUAUAGACCUUUAUUUCACUGUAAAUUGAAUACUAUAUAGUCACAGACCAUGGCGAUUUUCUCAUUGAUUCUUGGUAUUUCACCGAACAAUUUGUGUUCAGAAUAUCGUACAAAUGGAUUGAAUUUAAAAUUUAGAUUGGAUCUUAAAUAUGGGAGUCCGUUUGUCGCACAAAAUUAUUAGAGGAAUUUUUUUGCCUUUAACAAAAUUAUAAUUUUCGUGUCAGUGUUUUUUUUUAUACAUAUAUAAAUCUACUUAAAUAGAAUAGUAUUGUAUUGCACUCAGUGCAUUUGAUAUUGUUUUUAUAAAAUAUCAUCACAAUAUUAAUACAUAGUUAAACCAAAGAUUUUUUUUAUGUAUUCAAUGCAUUCGAUUCAUAUGAAGUUGAAAUAUGCUGAUGUUGAUGUAUUCAUUAUUGAUAUGUUUUUUAAGAUUUGAAACUUAUGAAAUAAGUUUAAAUAUAUUUUUUAUUCUUUAAGGUUUGGAUGUAGUAGUAAUUCUAAAGUCAAUUUUCUCGAUAUUCUUUCCCUUAAUUUCGAAUUAAGAUAUUCCUUGAUUGUCUUCACUGAAAUGAUUAAAUCAUUGAAAUUAAUGUCUAGAAUUACUUUUUAUUAAUAACUUCUAUAAAUGUUUACUUCAUCACAUCAAUCACAAUAUUAGAACUGUAAUCGUUUAUAAAUAACAUAUGAAUUAUGAUUCUCAUGUUAUUGUAGGAAUUCAUAUUAAAUAAUAUUAAGGACGCAUUCUCAAAACAAAUAAGUAACGACACACGCACAUACAAUUGUUGGUAAUAGACAUUAUUUUGUUAGAAAUUUCUACGCAACGCGUUCAGACUGACAAAAUACAAUAAGUCUUAAUACCACCCGUUAAAAUUUAUGAAAAUUGUAUAUAUGUGUUUUUGGAAUUGUUAUAUAUUUUUAACUAGCGUAUGGCAACAGAAAAAUGAUCCCCACAUUAAUUUUGAGUGAAGAGAUAAUUACAUCAAAUAUCAAUAUUUCAAACCAACAUUUUCCAGCUCGAAUGAGGUAAAGAAGUGUUGUUUUAUGGCAAUUAUUAAUUAUGUUCAAGGAUUUGAAAAUGCGUCUUUAAAACAUGUCUAUUUAAUCAUUGUGUUGUUUAUAAAACACAUUUUCAUUAAAUUUAAAAAAAUAUUAGAUAUAGUGCCAAAUAAACGGAAAGAAGGCAAUGAAAUUAGGUAGAUAGGUUUCACAAUGUUAUUUUUUUUCGAAUUACGUAGAAUAAACAGGUUGUAUAAAAAUAAUAAAGUAAUAUUUUUGAUGAUAAAUAGAAAGGCUAAACGAGUUCAAAGAAAAUAUUUUAUUAAUGACUUAGCAUAACUUUCUGAAUCAGUGUAGUAUUUGUAUAGAUACAGUUUAAAUAAAGAUUUAUAUUUUUUUCAUUAAAAUUAGUGUAUAGAAUAUAUUUAAAGGUACACAGUUUUCUUAUCUCAUUUUUUUAGUAGAAGCUCAAAUAGAAUUUCUUAGAAUAGUCUGAUUUUUCCGAGUUUUGAAAUAUUAAAGCAAUUUCUAAUUUUAAGACAGCUGUUAUAUAUAUUUAACAUGUUUACCAUUAUUCCUAGUAUCAAAAGUAAUAACUGGAAUAUUGAUUAACGAUAAGACAGUUUGAUUUCAUGUGAUGAUAUGAUUGCACUUUAUUGCAGCUCGUUUAUCUAAAUUAUUAUUUCCUUUUUUGUCCUAUCAGUCUAAAAAUACGCUCUUUUUAGGAUUAAGAUAAAAUCUAAAAGAAAAAUACAUACGGGAUAAGGUUUUGCAUUGGUUAUUCAAUAUUUGAGGCUAAUUUUUGUUUUUUUUUUUAAUUGGAUCAAAAUCGCAAUUAUUUCACAAACAUUCUUAUAUACAAUCUUAUGCAAUUUUUUGUUACCAUUAU